CAAUUGGUAUUAUUAACGCUCAGUGUUAGUUGGUUCCUCGCACACCACAAAUGUCACCGCAAACGACCCAGUUUCUGUGCCUCGCAGCCCUUCUGUUGCUGUGCCUUAUGCAACUUACUCAGGCCACGCCUAAUAAUAAUAACAAUAAUAGUAAUAAUAAUAAUAAUAAACCGAAAACCGUGGCCCAGGUACAACCAGGAAACGCAGGAGGAAAUAAACCCACGAUUGCAACCACCACCUUAAAGCCGCAGAGAUUGCAGCCAGAUCCCAAGUGCUUGCAACCUUUGGAGAUAGGACCUUGUCGCAUGAAUCUGGAGAGAUAUUACUACAACAAGGAUACAAAGUCCUGUGAGAAAUUCAAAUAUGGAGGAUGUCGGGGCAAUGACAAUCGAUGGGGAUUCAAGCAGACCUGCGAGGAGGCUUGCCUUCCCAAAAAGUAAUUAUCUAUGAAAAUAUUUGUUAUGUAAUUUGUGUAAUGCUCGACGAUUUAUUAUCAAAAGACGAACUCUCUCUACUUUGUUUUAAUAAAUAUAUUUCGUUUGUUAAA